AGCCGACGAAAGGAGCAGCUACUUAUACACACCCUUUGAUGAAAUCAGCUUGGCGUUUUCGUAGAUAUUCCCUGCAGGACAGGUUUUGGUUUCAUUAUGUUUUCUUUAUUUUCUUAUGGAAACAUAGUUUGUUUAGAAACCCGGCUUCAAUUUAUUUACUUUCGUUCAGUGUUGUGAUUUUUGUUGGGUGUUUUGCAGUGUUUUGUCCCUCAUCAGCUUAAUCAAGCUAAAGACACAACAAGUGAGUUUAUGAGAAGAUGUCUCAAGAAAGGUGGAAACUGCAGCGGGCCUUGGGUCAGUAUGUCUCAGAUACUCUCACUUACAUCGUAGCUGUGAGAGAUUUCUGUAAGAUGUUUUCUGAAUGGAAGAACUGCAGAGAGAAAGAAGUGGAGAAAAUCAGAGAUAUCAAAAAAAGGGCUGAUAAGAUUGACCCGUCUUUCACCAAGUCAAGCCUACUGAAACGUAUAAAGAGCAAAUUCCAAAUAAAUACAGACAGGGAACAUGCAGAGCUGGAGAAGGAGCUGGAUGAAGUGUUGAAAGAAACACUGAAAGGUUUGGAGAAACUCAACACCUUCUUGGAUGCAGUGGAGAAGCUGGCGGUCACGUCUCUGCAGGUUUUCAAUGAGAACAAGAUGUUGUUCCUGUCUGAAGAGAUCAGCUUUGAUGAAGUUCAGGAUUUGAUUAAAUCUGCACGACAGAUCUGCCCUCUGCUGCUGGAGUUCAAACGAGAUCCAACUGCAUUCUUUGUUCCCACAAGACACAAUGUGGAGGUUCUGCUGUACCAGCUGGAAAAACAUGUAAACACCAGCGAGAAAAUAUUUGAAAAACUUUCUGACAGCCUCAGAAUUGACAUUUGUCAGGAAAUGACAAAGAACCUUGUUGUUUUAUGUGAUUUAUCUGAUGAUGUCAUGCAAAAAAUGACUGAUCAGGUCAAACAACUUGAUAAAAUCAGGAUGGACGACGACUUUCGGAUGAUGUUCCUGUUCCAGAGGAUCAGCUACUCAGAAUUUGUUAAUAAGUACAAUGAUGAGCUUCCUGAGAUGCUGCAGUUUCUUGAUGAGAUUGAGCAGUGUGCUGUAAAGUUAGACAGCAUGAAUAAGGGAGCAAAGAUCUCCAGUGUGGCUGGGAGCUCAGUGGGAGCUGUGGGAGGUAUCCUGUCCAUUGUUGGCUUAGCUUUAAUUCCAUUUACAGCUGGUGUGUCUUUGGGGUUGACAGUUGCUGGUGCAGCUAUGGCAGGAACCAGUGGAGUGAACAGCUUGGUAACCACUGUAGUAGAAGGUAAAGUUAAUCAUACACAAACACAACAAGCAAAUACAGCCUUUCAAAGAUUCAUGUUUGGUGUUCAGAGAAUCCAGGACUGUCUGGAAGAGGCAGCCAAACCACCAUAUGCUGAAGUUACACAAAGUAGUGAAGAUGUGUUUCACAUGGCAGGAAAGAUUGCUUCAAAGGUACGUGGUAUUGAAAAGGCUGGUGACUUAAUUAUUGAUGCAGCAGCUGCUGCAAAUGCAGGUAAAGUUGUACUACAGGAAGGAAAAGCAUUGAGUACUGUAUCCAGAAUGGCCUCAGAUGUUCCUGAUAUCGGUCAGGCAGCAGUUAGAGGGUCUCUUGCUAUUACCAAGGGAGCCAGAGUUGGCUUUAUUGCAGUCAAUGCCCUCUUCCUUGGUGUGGAUAUCUUCUUCAUCACUACAGACAGCAAGGCCCUGGCUAAAGGGACAGAGUCUAAGGUCUCCAAGUUCCUCAGAGCCAGAGCUGCUCUGUGGCUCUCAGAGAUAGAGGCCUGGGGGAAAAUCUGCAACUCACUGAGUAGCAGCGAACUGACCACAGAGGAAAUCAGAGAAAUGCUUGAGAAGCCAUUUUAUCCUGUUUAAAAGCAAUCUGUCUAUUAAUAGGAGCAUAAAUAUUUGCUUUGGGACUCCCUAACAGAAAAACAACAAAAAUAGUUUCAAUUUGUAACCCAGUUUUCUACAAUAAAGGUAGUUAGACUGUAUUGUGUGAUUAUAUUAGCUUAGAUACAGGUGACUGUUAGUCUCUAUUUCACUAGCAUCUUAUCAAGAUAUUCAUAUUUAAGUUGUUUCUGCACCUUUUACCAGACUAAACCGAUGAGUCGGUCAGUAGCAGCCAUAACCUCCACACCAGUAUAACACCAUCCUGUCCCAGUGAAAAAGGUGAGCAACUCUGUUCAAUAACACAUUUCUUGGUGUCACAGCAGGGAAUCAAUUGGCAUUUCUCUGUGUCGUUGUUCUUUCUACAAUUGCACAAAAACCUGUAGAAUUUAUUACUGACAGAAAUUUAAACAAUCUUUAUGAAAUGAUAAUAAAAAAUUUCUUCCUGUCUGGACUGGAGACUGAGCAAUGUGAACAGUGAGUUUCCUACCUUAGCUUGUAUCUAAGUUAGAAACAUAAUGCCACUUUCCCUCCUAACUUCUCCACCUUUAUUUGCCCAAAAUCAAUUUACAAAAUGCACACAGCAUUUGUUGGGGGAAGUUUGGAUUUCUUUAUUUACAUUUUGUAUGUUUCCUGUGAAAGUUGCUGGUGGAGAAACCUUUCAGUAAACUAAAAACUAAAACUAAAAAACCAUAUUUGAAGUCCACUAUGUCUCAUGACAGGCUUUGCAGUCUUAUCAUGUUAUCAUGUUGGUUUGGUUUAGAAAGCUAAACUUCAGGAAAUUGACCUGUAACAAGAAAAUUUGUUUAAAUGUAAUUUUAACGUUUCACAGGUUAAUUCUAAUUUUGCUAUAUAGCAAAAUGUAUGUUAAAUGUCUUUUAUAUUUCAAGAAUAUUUAGAGAAUUUUUUGUUUUGUUCAUUUAUUUUUUGCAAUUAAUGAUUUAUGCCUUUAGCUAAAUGUCUAAGUUGGCUUUUAAUCUUGCUUCAAAUAGUGAAUUGGAUACUGUAUGAAUAAUUCACUAGCAGUAAAUAUUGUGCUCAUAUUCAACCAAAGGAAACGAUUCAGUUGUGAGCCUUUAAUGUUAGUUUGGUGGGUCAGAUAGACUGAAUAGGUUGUGACAGCAACUGUUCAAAUGGGGCAAAUUUAUUUUUUUUUAUGGGGCAUCCCAGGGUGGAAAUACUUUGUAAAGUCCAAAACUCCAGCCACACAAACUGAAAGGCUCAACAAUCAUCUGCAGUUUUCUAACGUUGAAUCGCCUGAAGGGAUCGAUGUGAUGAGGUUAACAUGAAAGUGCAAAAGCACAGAAAGGUUCAGUCUGACAUGUUUCCCACCAACCUUUCAACAACCAAUCAUUGUAAUUUUGUUUCAAAUCUUCUAUUGUAUAAAACGUGUGUGAACUGAAUGAUUGUUGCUUUUUCUCCUUUGACAUGCUGUGUGCUAAGUGUGUGCAAACAAGCCAAGCAGAAAAAAAUCUGUCCUUGUGCAAGUAAAUUUGAAUCUUCAAUGUAUUCUCAACAGAGAUAUUGUUUUGUGAUUUGUUUUCAUAUCCAGAGAUCCAGAUUAAGGGGAACGGAGAGAAUCUGAUAUAAACUGUUAGGGUUGAGCAAAAUGUAUCAUCAUAAUCAUAAAGCUAU